CACAACUGCAUCUCCAGCAGAAGCAUCGAUACCAGUCAUUGUGGAAUAAAAAAAUAACUAUUAAAACUCAUGAAUAUAUUCAAGAUUGUGCACUUUGAUAGAGAAGCAGUUUGUGAGUUCUGACUAGUGAUGCUCUCUGACCGUCCAAUCAAAGGACAUCAAAAUGACAACACUUUGUGGCCGCAGUGCUCACAGUGGUCUUACAGCUAUACGUAAUGCAAUAAAUAAAGUCUGAUUGGAUAAAAACUCAUAUACAGACUCUUGGAUAUGCUGAUCUUAGAUGCAGCUCAGCUGAGAGAAAUGCUAUGAAAUGAAGAGAAUAGAAUAUUACAGUAAUUUAACACAUUCAUGGGAAAAAUUAUUAGAAUGUAAGUCAGUGAUUCUGAUAAAAUUUCACUUUAACCCAGCAGAGUAACUUUUACUGCCCCUGAGAGCCUGCAGCUGCCAUUCAGUUUAUUUUAUUUAUAGUCAAUGUAAAUAAAUUCGAUUAUCUAAUUAUUCCUGUGUGUGUGUGUGUGUGUGUGUGUGUGUGUGUGUGUGUGUGUGCGUGCAUGUGUGCGUGCGUGUGUGUGUGCGUGUGUGUGUGUAAAUCAGGGGUUUCUGGUUUAGUACAUGUCCUGGAGGUGUUUGUUCUGGGGCAGGAAGUGGACCCUUGAUUGGGGAAGAUUGAUAUCAAACAAUUUGCAAUGUUACGGAUUGGAUUCAGCGGCUGGGAGUUUUGUUAGACACUAAGGAACUGACUCAUGAGUCGAUUGGAUUCCUGAUGGUUCUGGGUGAGUACAUCUGGAUCCCUUUCUUCUCCAGCAUUCCUGUUUACUACCUUCUUCAGCAGCCCAAUGACGCCCACUUCCUGUCCACCUUACCGAUAAUCCUUCUCUUCUCCUUCCGCAGAAACCCGAAUGACUCAUCAGUGGCUCAUCUGGAGACCAUCAUCAGUCCAUCUGGUCAGAACCUGCUGGUGUCCGGGUGGUUUGGUUGGGUCCGACAUCCAAACUACUUAGGAGAUUUACUGAUGACGUUCACCUGGACUCUGUUCUGUGGGUUCAGCAGUGUGGUACUGUAUGUACCUGUGCUGUUCUGUAUGAAGCUGCUGCUGGAGCGAGUCACUGAGAUGGAGGAGAUGUGUAAAGAGAAACACAGAGUAGCGUGGGGAGAAUACAGCAGGAGAGUCCCAUAUAAACUACUGCCAUACAUCUACUGACCUUCUUCAUCCUCACCAGAGGUGUGAUGUAGUGAAGUAAAAAUACUUUGUUAUUGCACUUAAGUAGAUUUAUUUUUUAGACUUUUUACUUUAACUCAUUACAUUUUUACACACAAAUCUGUA